UACGUACUUGAUGAUAUCGCCGAGAGAAGACAACGUCUGUCUUAACUGCUGGCAGGACUGGCUGUCAUUGCCUUUGGUCUGUGGCUGCGGUUUGGUGGGGUUAUGGCAGACUUUGCUUCAGACAAAAAGUCUCCAGAGUAUUUCUUCAUGGGACUCUAUGUAUUGGUGGGAGCAGGGGCUCUCAUGACCACAGUUGGAUUUUUUGGGUGCUGUGGAGCAGCGCGGGAGUCUCAGUGCUUACUUGGAGCAUUCUUUGCUUGCUUGUUGGUGAUAUUUGCGGCUGAGGUCACUGCUGGAGUAUUUGCCUUCAUAGGAAAGAAAGUGGCAAUACAGGAAGCACAGAAAAUCUAUGAAGACAUUUAUGAUGACUAUAUGAAAAACCCAGGGGGGAAGGUCAACAGGACUAUCUAUCACUACCACUUGGCUCUCCAAUGCUGUGGUAAAGAUAAUAUGGAACAAAUGGGAUUACCCUGUCCAGAGAAUAUCCAGAUGCCAAAGAACUGCCUGGUUGAAAUCCAGAAUGUAAUUGAUGCUAAUCUGCAUUUAGUUGGAAUUGUUGGAAUUGCAAUUGCUGGCAUCACAGACUGGACCCUUCAUGCAAAUGCAGAAAGCUCUGGGGGAGGAAACAUGUCCAAGGAGAUCCAGGCUAAAGGAAGAGGGGGAAAGAGGUGGGAAGCUGGCAAGAUAAUGCAGUCAUAUGGGAGCGAUUGCAGUGCAAAGUGUGCUUAAGCUUCCCAAGCUAGCCUGAGACACACGCACACAAUAAAUAAAUCUAUGAGUUAAAGGGGCCACUAAAAAUCUUUAUUCAGAAGUCCCUUUAUCCUGCAAGACUCUAUAUGAUAUAUAUGCUGGUGCAGGAGUGGAGCCUAUAUCCAGAAAAGCAGCAGCUUUGUCAGAUACUCUGUAGAAUCUAACUGGCCUGUGGAAGCCAACCGAAGAGUGAAAAUGGUCAGGGAAAGACACACAGCACUUUAAUAUCCUCUGUUUCUGCUUCUGUGACUAUCACAGCUUCCAUGGGGCUCUUACCUCAACCUCUCACCUUUUCUUGCGGGUGUAAGGCAGGAAAGAAAGAUGGGACAUUUUUACAGAGCCAUAAAGUAAAUUUUCUUACUGGCACCUUUAGAUUGCAUGUCAGGUAGAAAAAUUACACUGUGUGCUUGAAAUACCUCAGGGCUUGCGUUUACAUAGUUUGUUUCUAUAUUUUUAUUUUUCUAUUUGUCAUAUUUAUUCAUAAGAGAAUGUUCCUUUUAAAACAACCUAGAAGGGAGAAAGGUUGUCCCCAGAAGGGGAAAAUAAAUUACAUCAAAGGCUCAGAAUCUCUUAAUUUUUUGCUUACUCAAGAUCAUUCACCAUUUCAGAGAACAGCUUUUUGCUAACAAUAUCCACAUAGCAGCUCUGUCUCUCUGAUGAUCACUAGGUUCAGAUUUCUGAUGCAGUUGUUCCAUACAUGAUGGGGAAAAGUUCAGCUAAACUAUGUAUCUAUCUCAUUGAAACGGUCCACGAUGUCUAACAGGACUUGGCAUUUACAAGUCAUGGGGUCUUUAUUCCACUGAAACACAAGGGAAAGAAAUGGGAUUUCAGAAAACGUGUACAUUCUAGUGCACAUGUUUGUGUGGAAUAUACAUCUCUCGUUAUAUUUAUCUCUCAUUUCCCAAACAAACUCAAACUCCCAUCACUUUUCUGUUACUUCAGGAUUGGAAAGAGUGUUGCUGUUCCAUGUAACUGAUUUAACUGACACAUCUUGCUGUCUUUACAAAUUGUUCAACCACAACCUGUGACACUGAGACAACUGUGCACUAAAUGCUGGGUAUGCAGCAGGCACUGUCAACUGAGCAGUUUCCAGGCCUAGCUUCAGGUACCCAGCUGACAGGGAGACAUUAUAUCCUACACCAAAGAAGAGUUAGGCUUGUAUCACUCUGUUCACAACUGAUUAGCUAUGGAUGCCGUGUAAAAGUAAGAAUUGGGACCUUAUUCUGCAAGCAUCAGACCAGGAAAUAAGGGCCCAGUCUGCUGUCUGCUCCCAAGGAAGGCUCAACUGGGAGAAUGACACUAGCAGCAAAUCCACGGGGGUCUCAAGCUGAAACUAAGAAAGUAAGUUUCUCACAGCAGACAACUGACAUAGCCAAAGCAAUUUCCUGGAUCCCAGAUAUACUUGAGACUGUCUCUACAACUGGUUCUGCUCUAAAUAGAUAAUGGGAUAGUAUAUGACUGGGAUGUUUUCUCCCAAGGUAAUACUGACAGCAAGAAGAAACCUGUGUAUAGUGUCAUUUUUGCCAUUCAGAGCGAGACAGCUUUCCAGGAAAACCAGUAAAAAUAGCACAGUAGGGAAGCCAGUAGUUCAGGUUCCAAGAUUAUUGCCCUAGAGGGAUAGAGAUUUAUUGCAAAUAAAGCCACUUCCUUCUGUUACACUCCCCCUUGUAAUGACAGUAUUUUAUUUAUUUUAAACACAUCUUCAUACAAUUGGUUUUAAUUCCUCAAAUCUGUAGCACU